AAUACCAAGAUGUUACUAUUUUGUAUUAUUACUUGUAUUUGCUUUUAAGAUAAGUUAAGAUAAAAGACUUCGUUGUGCCCAAGGGGAAAUUUAGCUUGGUCAAUAGUGCUACACAUAGAGGCAAUCAACUUAAAACAAUACAGCCAAUAAAGUACAGUGGUACACUAAAGACACAGUCAUUAAUUACAUACAAUACUAACACAUACUAAAUGAAAUAUAAAUUACCAGUUUAAGUAUGUUUAAGUGACAUACAACAUGGAAAUAUGUAGCACAUGCCUUGUGACAUUCAGGUUUGGUUAAAGGAAUAAUUUAGCAGUCUAACAUUUGACAUCUUUGACAAUAAUAAUGUGUGAUGUGUGCCCUCUUUUAUAGUCUUUGGAUGCCAUUGUCAUAACGAGCUACCUUUCAUCGUAUUACUGUUAUUAUGUGAGAUAGUCUAUAUGGUCAUUAUUUGAAUUUUUUUUUGCCAUUCGUUUGUCAUUUUCAGCUCCUCUAACACUGUCUGAAAAUGUGUCCUGAUGUUUGUGUUCUUAUCAGAUGGAUGAGCGAGUUUGAUUGAAGCAUUUGUCAUGUAAAUGCGAGCCGUUUGAUGGACGAGCCCGCAGACUUGACAGAGUGCUGGAGGUCCUUUGCCAUUGGCGUUUAGCGGGUCACAUGGUGUGUCAGGAAGGUGAUAUGAGGGUGGAAGGCAGUUUUACAGCUUUGACAUACUACCUAGAAGGUUAGGGCAAAGGGAGCACCGAUUAAUGACUGCUCAGUCUUGAUCAGUUGUGAACAAACAAUAGGCCCAAGGAUGAACUCCUACUUAGACUACCCCGUGUGUAACCGGGGAGCAAAUAUUUUCAGUGCCAAGGCCGGAUACCACAAUUUAAACCAUGGAUACAUGUCGUCCAACUCGUGCGCAACAAGUGAUAGUUACGCACCGGACGGGCGUUUAGUUGCUUCAACUUCUGCGCCACACCAGACCCCGAGCCUCCCUCUGCACCCCCACCAGACACACGUCAACCUGGAUCUGCAGUUUGCAACACCGGGAAACUCCAUGUAUGGCUCACCUCUGGAGUACGGACAUCACCAGUACGGCCUCGCACCCGAGCAGGACCGAAGCUUCAUUCAUGCGCAAGUCUCACCCCUCGGAACAAACAUGGCUCCCUACACCGGGGACAGUUGUGGGCCUGGAGUCGCAACAGGCAGCCAGUACCUACAUUUUGGAAACGGAGAUCAGAGGCAGCAAGAAUAUCCAGAAAGUGUUUACACAAGGUUACCGCCACAAAGUAGGGAGAAGGAUUUGGACCAUGUGGAGGAAACUUCUAAAACAUUUGACUGGAUGAAAGUGAAGCGGAAUCCACCUAAAACAGCUGUCCACUCGGAGUUCGGGGUCCCCGGCCAGCACAACGUGAUCCGCACCAACUUCACCACCAAGCAGCUCACCGAGCUGGAGAAAGAGUUCCACUUCAACAAAUACCUGACGCGGGCACGGAGGGUGGAGGUCGCCGCCAGUCUGGAGCUCAACGAGACGCAGGUGAAAAUUUGGUUUCAGAACCGCAGGAUGAAGCAGAAGAAACGCGAGAAACUGGGCUGCGUUUUGGUAAACACUCCGGCACCUGUGGAGAAACUCUCCGGGCCUGACACCUCUCCAAAGGGAAAAGGGAAAGACUGUGAACCAUGAUGUGACUUUUAAAAAGAAAAGAAAAAUACACAAUAUGAUUGUGGGGGCCUGAGCAGUUUUCCGUACCAUUCCAAAAAAAAAAAAAAACUGUGAAAAAUACAUGUGGACUUUGUGAAGUAUACAGGGUAUGUCUGUCUGCUUAUGUGCUUAUAGUUCUAUGAUUAAUGCUGAAUUGGAUUCUGAGAAACCUUAUAAAAAUGUCUUUUAAUCAGUUCUUUUAUUUGUAACUUUCUUAUCAUAAGUCCAUGUUGUUUUGUGUUGGAGCACUGAAGUACUCAGUGGCAUUGUUUGCACUAUUUAUUUACAGGGUAUUGUCCAACAACUGUUGAGAUGUUUUAGGUUAAUAAUAAAGUUUAUUAAAUGAAAAAAGGAAGUGUUUUACUUGUUGUUUAUGUAAAAAGA